ACGUCACUUCUGGCCGUCAAUAUGCGGCGCUGAGAAACGGAACCUCUGGAAAGAUGUAAGCGGCUCGCCGAGCUCGGCCUAGCCUCGUCAAGUCGUCACUACAGCCGGCACCUCUAGAACCAGCGAAGCGGGACCUCGGCAGGGUCGUUGGAGCGGCCAAGGCAGGCUCGCCUACCGCCGAGCAGCUGGGAGAAGUAGCGGAGCGUCUGGGCUCCAGCAGCCAUCUUUAGCGACACAAUGUCCGGGGCGACGCGGCGGCCCAGCUCGGUGUCCGGUACCGGAGGCCGGAGCCUGACGCCGGUCACCGGGCUGCUGCUGUUGCUGCUAGCCAGGCAGCUCGGAGGCGCCGAGGCCAAGGAGUGCGACAAGCCGUGCGUAAACGGCCAAUGCAACGCGGCGACGGGCAGCUGCGUGUGCUCCCCCGGCUGGGUCGGGGACCAGUGCCAGCACUGCGGAGGACGCUUACGACUAACGGCGCCCUCUGGCAUCCUGUCCGAUGGACCUGGAAACUACAAAUACAAGACCAAGUGCACGUGGCUCAUCGAAGGACAGCCAAAUUCCAUCCUUCGCCUGCGCUUCAAUCACUUUGCCACAGAGUGCAGCUGGGACCACCUCUACGUCUAUGACGGAGACUCCAUAUAUGCCCCGCUGCUGGCUGCCUUCAGCGGUCUGAUCAUUCCUGAGAGCUACGGGAACGAAACGGUACCCGAGGUGGUGUCGCAGUCCGGAUACGCUUUGCUGCACUUUUUUAGCGACGCCGCCUACAACCUGACUGGACUCAACAUCUCAUACAGGGUGAACACAUGUCCUAACAACUGUUCCGGCAGUGGAGAGUGCCGCCUGUCCAACGACACGGGGAAGCCCUACUGUGACUGUCAGGACAAGUGGAAAGGGGACGCCUGUGACGUUCCUUAUUGCCUGGACGACUGCGGGUACCCUGAGAGAGGACGCUGCAGGGAUAAGACAUGCGUCUGCGGGGUGGGCUGGCAAGGUCCAGACUGCUCCGUCUCUGUCCCCGCCGACUCGGCCUUCUGGAGCCGCGAGGCGUUCAGCGAUCCCGGCCUCGCCAGGGCGUCCCACAAGGCAGUGGUGGAGCAGGAUGUCAUGUGGGUCAUCGGAGGCUACGUCUUCAACGCCUCCGACUACCACAUGGUCAAAGCGUACAACCUAAGCAGCAAAACCUGGAUGACCCUUGACCCCUCUGUCAACACGGUCACGCCACGAUAUGGACACUCUUUGGCUCUCCAGGAGGGUAAGAUCUACAUGUACGGAGGCAAAAUCGAUUCCACUGGAAACGUGUCCAGCCAGCUGUGGGUUUUUCACGUCCAGAACCAAACGUGGGUUCUUUUGAGCCCCCGCAGCAAGGAGCAGUACGCCGUGGUGGGACACUCAGCUCACGUGGUGCCGCCCCAGCAAGACGGGGAGGCCCCCGUGAUGCUUGUGCUGUUUGGACACUGUCCUCUCUACGGAUACAUGAGCCUGGUGCAGGAGUACAACAUCAACAAGAACACGUGGAGUGUGGCAACCACGGAGGGGGCGCUGAUCCAGGGGGGCUACGGACACAGCAGCGUGUUGGACGCGUCCACCAGAGCCAUCUACGUCCACGGAGGCUACAAGGCCUUCAGCGCAAACAAGUACGGCCUGGCGGGAGACCUCUACAAGCUGGACGUGGACACCAGGAAGUGGACCAUCCUGAGGGACAGCGGCUUCUUCCGCUACCUCCACACGGCUGUGAUGGUGAGUGGCGCCAUGCUGGUGUUUGGAGGCAACACGCACAACGACACGUCCAUGAGUCACGGCGCCAAGUGCUUCUCCUCGGACUUCCUGGCCUACAGCCUCGCGUGUGACGACUGGACGCUGCUGCCCCGACCGGAACUUUACCACGAUGUCAACCGCUUCGGACACUCGGCGGUGGCCAGCGACAGCGUGAUGUACGUGUUCGGCGGCUUCAACAGUCUGCUCCUCGACGACGUCCUCGUGUACACGUCUCCCCGCUGCGUUGCCUUCUCUAGCCCCGCCUCUUGCAGCCAGGCGUGGCCCGGUAUCCAAUGCGUGUGGAACAGCACGCUUGCUUCCUGUCUGCCGUGGGAGGGCACCGCCGUCUCUGGUGCCGCUGCGGACCAGCAGCCGCUGCUGGCGGCGAGCUGCACCACCAGAUCCUACGCUGAUAACGAGCGCUGCGACCAGUACACCGACUGCUACAGCUGCACCGCCAACACCAACGGCUGCCAGUGGUGCUCCAUCCAGUGCGUCUCGCUGGGCAGCAACUGCACCUCGGCCUCGGGUCCUAUCGCCGACUACGACGCCUGUCCCAGGGACAGCCCGUCGUACGUGUGCAACAAGAAGACCAGCUGCAAGAGCUGCGCCGUGGACCAGAACUGCCAGUGGGAUACACGCGACCAGGAGUGCAUCUCACUGCCAGAUAACGUUUGUGGCGAGAGCUGGCACCUGGUGGGCAACUCCUGCCUGAAGUUCAUCACGGCCAGGGACUCGUACGACAACGCCAAACUGGUUUGCCGCAACCACAACGCUGUGCUGGCGUCGCUCACCACGCAGAAGAAGGUGGACUUUGUCCUGAAGGAGCUGCAGAUCAUGAGCGUGGUGUACAAAGCCUCCGUGACCCCCUGGGUGGGCCUCCGCAAGAUCAACGUGUCCUACUGGUGCUGGGAGGACAUGUCCCCGUUCACCAACACCUCCCUCCAGUGGCUGCCCGGCGAGCCCAGUGACGCUGGCUUCUGCGGCUACCUGGCCGAGCCCGCCUCCAGUGGCCUGAAGGCGCAGACCUGCAUCAGCCCCGUCAACGGCAGCUUGUGUGAGCGGCCAGCCAACCACAGCGCCAAGCAGUGCCGGACGCCGUGCGCCAUGCGUGCCACCUGCAGCGAGUGCACCAGCAGCACUUCGGAGUGCAUGUGGUGCAGCAACAUGAAGCAGUGCGUGGACUCCAACGCCUACGUGGCGUCCUUCCCCUUCGGCCAGUGCAUGGAGUGGUACACCAUGAACACCUGUCCACCUGAAAACUGCUCGGGCUACAGAACGUGCGCUCAGUGUUUGGACCAGCCAGGCUGCGGCUGGUGCACGGACUCCAGCAACACGGGCAAGGGUCAGUGCAUCGAGGGCUCGUACCGCGGCCCCUUCCAGACCUCGGUCCCGGCACCGUCCACGCUGCCCGGCCUGCCCGCCGACCCCCCGCCGGCUCUCAACGCCAGCAUGUGUCCCAGCGAGGCCCACUACAACUGGUCCUUCAUCCACUGUCCAGCUUGUCAAUGUAACGGCCACAGCCGCUGUGUCAACGAGAGUGUGUGUGAGAAGUGCGAGGACCUCACCACGGGCCGCCACUGCGAGAACUGCAUCUCUGGUUUCUACGGCGACCCCACUAACGGCGGAAGCUGCCAGCCGUGCAAGUGUAACGGCCACGCCAGCAUGUGCAACCCCAACAACGGGAAAUGUUUCUGCACCACCAAAGGCAUCAAAGGAGACCGCUGCCACCUGUGUGAAGUGGAGAAUCGUUACCAAGGCAACCCACUCAAAGGCACCUGCUACUACACUCUGCUCAUCGAUUACCAGUUCACCUUCAGCCUGUCGCAGGAGGACGACCGCUACUACACCGCCAUCAACUUUGUGGCCACGCCAGAGGAGGUGAGUCUGUCACAUGACAGCACUUUUGAGCAUAUCUCUUGUCAUUGA